AUGGUGCAGCCAUCAAUGCUUGAUACGAACACAGAGGAUGGUGAAAAUUCUGAAGGUGAAUCCGAAAGUGCCGACAGUCCUGAGGUUGCCGAUGAUAGUGAGAAUGACGAGAAGCAAAAAGAGAAAGAUGCGGCUCGAUCGUUGACAUUACAACAAACACUAAAGGAAGCACUCCGCGUCGCAGCUGCUCAACGGCAAAUGCAAAAAAACAAAGCCAAAAAUAACGUUCAAACAAUGGCCUCGAAUUUAUCACUGCUCACGCCAUUUCUCAUACCAGGUGAAUGA